GGCCUUUUUUACUUCUCUCUCUCUCUCUCUUUUUCUCAUUCAUUCUGGUUUCCAAGGUGAUCGUAUGCGUGUAAACAAACAGAAUCACCUGACGUUUAGAGAGCAUCGCCAAGAAUGAACUCCUACGAUCCUGAGAAGUUGAUCUUUAUUGCUCUGUGCGAAGCUGAUGGUGGUUUGGAGAGGAGAAUCUUCCUCCACUUCUAUUCCCAUGACAACUCUGUGGAAAUGAUCGAUGAAAAGACGAGGAAGCCUUUCUUGAGACGAACAAGAGUGGAUCAAUUGUCCAAUAGAGACUUCUACGUUGGCUCAAGGCUGUUCAUAUUCGGCAGGAACAUCAACAUAAUUGACUAUGGAGAUUCCAAAACCAGGAAAGAACUCAGUCCCCGAAUGGAGAGGACGUUCCUUCUGCUCAAAUCAAAAUCUCUUCACAAGUUGGGUGAGAUUUGGUGUGCUCUCCUUAAACAAGACUUCCAAGUUGUCAACUGUAGAAUGAUUAAGCUGAAGCCUGAAGACACUGUGAAGAUUUAUGGUGAGGAGACAGACUCAACUAGACUUUCCCAAUUGUUCAGCAGCACAAUUGAGGGUGUUUCUGUGGCACUGGAGAUUGUCUCCAAAAGUGCUGUGGACAGGAUGAGGAGAUUUUGCGAAGAGAACUUUCCUGAUUUGCCAAUUUACUCAUCAGUCAGCUCUUCCAACGCUUCUAGGGAUAUUGAGUAUUUCUUCCGGACGCAGAACUUCUCACCAACAGCUAAUUUCUCAGGCUCCACACUGGCUGUUGUGAAACCCCAUGCAGUUCGGAGCGGCAAGACCGGAGAGAUCAUAAAGGAAAUUCUUGGUAAUGACUUGAGAAUUACCGCCUUAAAGAUGGUGCACAUGGGCAGGAAGAAUUGCGAGGACUUCCUGCAAGUCUAUCGCGGUGUGGCUCCGGAAUACAAUCAAAUGAUCUUAGAAUUGGCCAGUGGACCUUGUGUGGCCAUGGAGAUCUCUUCAGAUGACGCUCACGGAGUCUUCCGGCGUCUCUGCGGCCCUUUUGAUCCGGAAGUCGCUCAGAAGUUACGCCCUCAAACGCUAAGAGCUCGCUUUGGCAAUGACCGGGCGCUAAAUGCUGUCCACUGCACGGAUUUACCUGAAGACUGUGCCUCAGAAGUGGCGUUCUUUUUCAACAAUUGAUCAAUAACAGAUUCUAUGAAAUCAUUGUCAUGGCCAAAGAUAGUUUUCCAAUAAAUAAUUUCACUGUAAUUGCAGAAGAUUUCCAACAAGUUGCGUGUGUUGAGCAUUUUCUCAAAUUAUCCUUGUACUCAAUAAAACACAGUGACAGAAUUGAAGUGUGCGCAUUAAUAGAUUAACCUCUCGCGGUCAAUGUUAUUACAAUUAAUUCAAUUGAUUCACCAACCAUUUCAAUUCCACCUCCCACUCUUGAGGACUCACUGUUUACUUUACACUAUACUGAAUAAUUUUUUGUCCAUCCCUUUUGUCACGCUCUUUCGAUGCAGAACAAGAAGCAAAUUGAGCUUUUUCACAUAGGCGCACUUUUUCACUCUUCCUGGCCCCCAGAUUCCGGUAUAAAAUCCCACCUGGCGCUCAGACCGCCUUCACUUCGUCCGUGGACGAGUGAAACGUGCGCUGGUCAGUUCGCGCGAGACUUUGAGCUCAAUCCUUGCUCCACUUUCAUCACUCCUUUCGCGAUGCUCAAGCGCGACGGUUUUGUGCUUGUUGUCUUCCUGAUUUCGUCGAGUCGCAGCCAGGAUGACACCUUCAGCUUUCCCAGUGACGAUUCAGGA